GCCGCAAUUUUAGCUCUCUCUUUCAUUUCAAAAUCAUUUUCUCUUCGUCUAAAUUCUGAAUUCUUGAACGUUGAAGUUGAUUUCUUCACUUUUUUUUAAUAUAUAGCGGAAAAAGGAAUAAAUACUCUUUGGAAGUGUGGUUGGGGUGUUGACAUUUGUGUUUGCCUAUGUAAGAAUGGAUAGAUGACCACUAAGCAUAGUUGAAUUUUGUUUGAAAGCCAACUGUGUUUUGAUUGUAUUACAAGGAGGGGAAGGUUUUUCAUAUGAGAAAUAUAUAUAUAUAUAUAUAUAAAUUGAGAUAAAAGAAGAGUUGAAGGCAAGCUUUUCUUUAUCCUCCCAAAUUAACAAUGGAGGUUUUGUUGAUGAAAAUGCCUACAACAGAUGCUGAUAUUGCUCAAGCCAUUGCCUGCCAUCAAGAAGAUUGCAGUCCAGAAGCUAAGAAGACUGAAAAUAGAAGAAAACUACAUGAAAAUGCUGAUUUGAAUUCAUCAUCACCUAGCCAUGAAGACUUGGUGGAUAGCAAGGAGGAGGAUGAACUUGAAUCUGCAAAAGCUGAGAUGGGUGAGGUGAUGGAAGAAAAUGAAAGAUUAAAGAAGAUGUUGGAGAAGAUCCAGGAGAAUUACAAGUCUCUUCAAUUAAGUUUCUUUGAAAUCCUUCAACAAGGAGCUGUCAAGAAAUCGAAAUGUUCAUCAAUUUCUUCGGAUCAUAAUGAUGAACCAGUUGUUCUAGAACCUGAACUUGUUUCACUUUCCCUCGGAAGAACUACUCCAAUGGAGUCUGUAAAAGAUGAGAAAACAACAAGCUCAAUCAAAAGUAAAGAUGACCCAGAGAUCAAAGCCGGUUUAACUCUUGGAUUAGACUCUAAAUUUCAAUUAUCAAGCCCUCAAAAGAGUUCAGAAGAUCAAGUGAAGGAAGAUGAUGGUGCUGCAGAAACAUGGCCUCCAAACAAGAUUCAAAAGACAACAAGCAGAAAUGGAGAUGAAGAUCAACAAAACCAUGUAAAGAGAGCUAGGGUUUCUGUGAGAGCUAGAUGUGAUGCACCAACUAUGAACGAUGGAUGCCAAUGGAGGAAAUAUGGGCAGAAAAUUUCAAAAGGAAAUCCAUGCCCCAGAGCUUACUAUCGUUGCACAGUGGCAUCAGGUUGUCCAGUUAGAAAGCAGGUGCAAAGAUGCGCCGAGGAUAUGUCAAUCUUAAUUACAACUUAUGAAGGGAAUCACAAUCACCCACUUCCAGUUUCAGCGACUGCAAUGGCUUCCACCACCUCAGCAGCCGCUUCCAUGAUGUUAUCUGGCUCUUCAACAUCUCAACCAGGGCUCAAUGGAUUAAACUUCAGCCACCAUGAUAAUUCCACAACAAGACAGUUCUAUUUAUCCAACUCAACCUCAUCAUCAUUGUCCCCAACAAUUACUCUAGACGUUACCUCUUCCCCCUCCCAUUCCCCUUUAUCUUCAUCUAAUUAUUUCAACAGCUUCCCUACAAGCUUUCCCAGAUUUCCUCCAAGUCUCAAUUUUUCUUCAUCAGAAUCCAACAUUUUGCCUGCAGUUUGGGGCAAUGGCUAUCCUGGUUAUGGUGCAGUGCCAUAUUAUCAAACUCAGCCUGGUAACUCAAUCCUUGGAAACGAGUCCCAAAACCAGAUUUACCAGUCUUUACCGGGUAAUAAUCAGCAAGGGGGAGCUUCUCAACAGUCUUUGACAGAAACCUUAACGAAGGUAAUCACAUCAGACCCAAGCUUCAGAUCAGUAAUAGCUGCUGCAAUUUCAUCUGUGGUUUGUAACAGUGCAAAAUCUGAAGACCAAACUGAUCAAAAAGCUCAGCAUUUUGGUCAGAAAUUGAUGCAGGCCAUAGUUUCUCAAAAUGAGAAAGGUCAAUCAUCAUGUUCAUCAAGCUACUUCAAUGGAUUGGCAUCUUCAAGUUCUCAAACAGGAAGUUCAUUACUUCAGUCUUCUUUGCCUUUCUCCAUUUUAAAUAGUGCCUUUAAACCAGCUUCUGAUGAUAAAGGACUCAAGAAUUAAUUUUUUGGGGGAAAAGAAAAUCGGGCCUUUGAGAUUGUUAUACAUUCUGAUUUUUGCAAAUGUUGUCAUGUAUUUUAAAUUGGGUAUUUUCAUCCAUUUCUCCUAACUCUUUAUUAUAAUUUCAUUUUAGUCCUUAAUGUUCAAAUUUUUCGAUAUCAAUUAGUAUGGACUUUCUCUCAA